AUGGCGCCCACGAUAAUAAACCCCAACGCUCUGCGGAGCCUCGACAUACCAAAAUCCCCCAACGCAGCAAUGCUGCUUGCAGCCAAGCGUGCUCUGUCCGAAGCCGGCCCCGACGUCCUCCGCACAGCAGCCCGCGGCCUGCUCAUCAGCCGCUCAUCGCUGGCAGUCACGGCCGACGCGCAAAAGAUCACUCUGGGCGCGAUCGCCGCCUACAUCGUAGUCAUCGCCAUCUUGUGGCCCCUGCCCAAAUUCUUGGGCGGCUUCGAUGUACUCUGGCCCUUCAAGAUGCUCGUCAUAGCCUUUCAUGAAUCGGGACAUGCCCUGUGUGCAAUGCUUACAGGCGGUAAGGUCGAGUCUGUCAGCCUCAGCCCGGAUCAGGGUGGCAAGACGACUUUCAGGGGCGGCAAGAAGUUCAUCACCCUGCCCGCUGGAUACCUGGGCAGCUCCCUGAUCGGGGCGCUGCUGACCUUCUGCGGAUUCAAUAUCGUCGCGUCCAAAAUUGCGAGCCUCGUGGUCGGGCCCGUGUUCCUGCUACUAAUCUGGUGGGGACGGAAGGACUGGCUGACGAUUCUUACCGUGCUGGCGGCAGCCGGCUUGUUGGUAGCCGGCUGGUUCAUUGCUGAUGCUGAGGCUCUCAGAUAUAUCAUUCUCUUUAUCGGUGUCAUGUCGUCGCUGUACAGCGUUUGGGACAUCUACGACGAUUUAAUUAGAAGGAAGGUCAAUGAGUCCGACGCAUCGAAGUUCGCCGAGGAAUAUGGAGGCUCUUCUCACUGUUGGGGCGUCAUCUGGGCCAUUAUUUCUCUCUGCUUCAUGGCCGCUGGUAUAGUUGCUGGCAUUGCGGCCUUCCCGCAGACGACCGCAGAGCAGCAGGAGGACUCGGACGACUUCAUCCCGACCUGA